AAGCUAUUCUUUAUUUUUUGUUUUCCUAAAUACCGACCUGUGAAUUAUUGCCAAAGCCAAAAUAUGCUGAAGUUUGUUCUGCCCUGCCUGGCCUUGUUGGCGAUGAGCAACGCUCUUAAAAUUCACGAGUACGACCAUCAGGAAUACGAGCAUGAGGAGCACGCUAAAUACGAGCCGGAACACGAGGAGACCGAACUGCAUCACGAGGUCGAUCACAAGCACGCCACUUCACAUCAGAGUGUCAAGUUCCACCACUACCAUGCCGUGCCCGUCUACAUCAAGAAAGAGGAUCAGCAUCUGGUAAAGAAGCCCAUUGAAAUUGGAGGCACAAAGCAAAAGCUAAAGGUUCUCCACCCCAAGACGGAACACAACCACAACCAUGGACUCGUUCUGGAGCAACAUAGCGAGUCGCAUCUGCACGAGCACGGCCACUAUGAGGAGCCGGUGCAUCAUGCAGAGCAUUACGAGCACUAUGCGCACCAUGAAUAG